AUGUCCGGUACAGGGUAUCAAGGCAAGAAGAGCAUCCCUCAUUUGACGAGUGAACGAUUGCUCAUUAAAGGAGGGCAUGUGGUUAAUGAUGACCAGUCUUUCUAUGCUGAUAUUUACCUGGAGGAUGGCGUGAUUAAGCAGUUGGGGGAGAACCUGAUUGUGCCAGGUGGAGUGAAGGUGAUCGAGGCCAAUGGACAGAUGGUGAUUCCAGGUGGCAUUGACGUGAACACCUGUCUGCAGAAACCUUACCUGGGCACACCCACUACUGAUGACUUCUACCAGGGCACCAAGGCUGCCCUUGCGGGUGGCACCACUAUGAUCAUUGAUCACGUGACCGCGCAGCCAGGCGACAGCCUCCUGCAGGCAUUUGAGAAAUGGCAGGAUGCUGCAGACAAGAAGUCAUGUUGCGAUUACUCUCUCCACGUGGACAUCCCUCAGUGGCAUGAAGGAGUGAAAGAGGAACUGGAGCUGCUCAUCCAGGAGAAAGGAGUGAACUCCUUCCAGGUCUACAUGGCAUAUAAAGAUCUGUACCAGAUGACAGAUUCUCAGUUGUAUGAAGCCUUAGCCUUCCUGAAGGAUCUUGGUGCGGUGGUCCUGGUGCAUGCUGAGAAUGGCGAUCUGAUCGCUCAGGAGCAAAAUAAGAUCCUCAGCAUGGGAAUCACUGGACCAGAGGGUCAUGCACUCAGCAGACCUGAGGAGCUGGAAUCUGAAGCAGUUUUUCGUGCCAUCACACUUGGCAACCGCAUUAACUGCCCUGUUUACAUCACUAAAGUUAUGAGCAAGAGUGCAGCUGACAUCGUGGCACUUUCUAGAAAGAAAGGAGCUGUGGUAUUUGGCGAGCCAAUCACAGCAAGCAUAGCCACGGAUGGCACACAUUAUUGGAGCAAAAAUUGGGCUAAGGCCGCUGCCUUUGUGACAUCACCGCCCCUGAGCCCGGAUCCUACAACUCCUGAUCACCUGACCUCCAUGCUGGCCUGUGGAGAUCUACAGGUAGUGGGCAGUGCUCACUGCGUCUACUCCACUUCCCAGAAGGCUAUUGGGAAGGACAACUUCACUCUUAUCCCAGAGGGGACCAAUGGUGUGGAGGAGAGAAUGGCGUUUGUUUGGGAUAAGGCUGUGGCAGUUGGUAAAAUGGAUGAAAACCAGUUUGUGGCUGUAACCAGCACCAAUGCUGCCAAGAUCUUUAACCUGUAUCCUCGCAAGGGGCGGAUAGCUGUCGGCUCUGAUGCUGACCUCGUCAUCUGGGACCCAGACAAGAUCAAGACCAUCACUGCCAAAACACAGCAGUCGGCUGUGGAGUAUAACAUCUUUGAGGGGAUGGAGUGCCGUGGUGGUCCUAAGGUUGUGAUUUGUCAAGGGAAAGUGGUUUAUGAAGAUGGAAACCUGAAUGUUCAGCAGGGCACGGGACGCUUCAUCCCACGCAAACCUUUUCCAGACUAUGCCUACCAGCGCAUUAAAAUGAGGAGUAAAGUGUCUGGGAUGCCGGGGGUGUCUCGAGGAAUGUAUGAUGGACCAGUCUGUGAUGUUCCUGCCACACCCAAAUACAUCACCCCUGCUCCCUCCGCCAAGACCUCCCCUGCUAAGAACCAGCCUCCGCCAAUCAGAAACCUUCAUCAGUCCAAUUUCAGCCUAUCAGGACCGGAAUACCCACAGCAAGGUGCUCAGGUCGAUGAUAACGUCCCCCGCCGCUCUGGCCACCGCAUAGUGGCUCCCCCCGGUGGCCGCUCUAACAUCACCAGCCUGGGAUGA